UUGGCUGUCCUCUACCCAGUUGCCACCUUCCUUCCCUCCAAGUUGCAACCAACUAAACCCGAAGAAGAAGAAGAAAAGUGAGAGUGACCAAUAAACCCUAAACAAAAUCCACACACAAUCUCCAUCUCCCCCGGGAGCUCUAUCCCGUCCGAUCUUGAACCCGGCGAACGGACCAAGCUGGGAAUCAUGCGACAGACGCUGCUGAUCUUCCCGGAGGUUCGUGUUUGUAACUUUUGGCUGUUGUCUGCUGUUUAUUGACACACUGCCUGGCGUUUUGAAUUCCGUUUCUGGGUCUUUAUGAGUUUUCUUGCUGCCAACAGUGGUUUAUGCUAGCGUAACGAAUUGGGUUCUCUUCGAAAUAUGGGAAUCGAUCGAGCACUGCUUCUGGGUCUUGUUCUUGCCUUGCUCGUCUUCGUUGACUUCUCAUGGGCUGGUUCAGAGGUGGAUGUUAAAGGAAAUCCGGUUCCGAACUUGAAAAGCGCCAAUAACUCAAACGAGAAACCAAUUGAGUCAAAAUUAGGUUCAGAUCCUGUUACUGAUGUUAAGCAGAAGGAAAAGAAAACGGAGGAGGGGAAAGUAAGUGAAGCGGAUCAAGUGAGGAAGCCAAAGGAGGCUGCUGUUAGUGAUGAUGGACAGCGGAAUGAUUCGAAAACUGAGAAUAAAGAGACUGAUAAUGGAAAGAAGGGGAAUGCUGAUUUAGAUGUGCAAUUGCAAUCGAAAACUGUUGAUGGUAAUCAAAAGGAGGGUAAGGAUGGUGAGAAAGAACCUAAGCUGGAUGUGGACACAAAGGAUGGAAAGAAUGGCGUCCCAGCGGAUCCUUUGCCGAAAACCGGGAAGGAGAUUUCCCGUGGCGAAGAAUGUGAUCAUUCCAACAAGUGCGUGAUUGAGGACAGCAAGCUGGUUGCUUGCAUAAGAGUCCCCGGGAAUGAAUCUCCGGAUCUAUCACUUCUAAUUCAGAACAAUGGCAACGCUCCAGUCAGUGUCACCAUUUUGAGUCCAGAUUUUGUUCAUCUGGAGAAGAAAAACAUUCAACUACAGCAAAAAGAAAACAAAAAGGUGAAAGUAUCCAUCGCAGACAGGGGGAGCGACAGCUCCAUCGUUUUGAAGACAGCAACUGGCAGCUGCAGCCUCGACAUAAGAGAUGUCAUCGAUCAUUACCUAGGCGAAGAUUCAGACAACUCUCUGGGGGGCUCCACUCAAGCAAUCUCCAGGUCAAGGACCCAUCUGCUGUACCUUCUCGCAUGCUUUGUUGCAGUACCAGUGCUGGUGGGAUCAGGCUGGCUGUGCUUCAUCCUCUGGAGGAAGAAAUUCUCCAAUGGCACCGGCGGAAGCUCCAAGUACCAGAGGCUGGAGAUGGCUCUCCCAGUCUCAGGUGGCGUCGGGAAAACAGCACAGCCAGAAGCUAACGACGAUGGAUGGGACAACAGCUGGGGCGAUGAUUGGGGUGAUGACGAAGAGAUGCCUAAAACUCCAUCAAUGCCUCUCACCCCAAGCGUCUCGGGGAAAGGUCUUGCCUCUCGACGGUUAAACAAAGAUGGAUGGAAAGACUAGAUGGAUUAGCAGAAGAUUCUGCAACAGAGGAAAAUCUUGAUAGACCAAACCGGGAGGGUUAGGAAGAUCUUGCAUCCAAAUUUUUGUUUCAGUUAUGAGACUCGAAACAUAUCCCACGAGUCCACGACCACGAGCUGCUGUGUUUUCCUCUUUCUUAUUCUGUCAUUUUUUGGGGUCACUGGAAAGGUCUUCGUAUGAUUAUGAGCCUAAUCAGAAGGUAGCUUACUGAUUUUAUCAAAAGAUUAGAGUGCACUUCUACUGUUAAGAGUUGAGCGUAGUAACAAGGAGAACAAUAUCCUAGUGGAGAUUUCAGAUUUGUUGUUCUUUGUUUUAUGAAGAAAAAUUCUGGCCGAGCCUAGGGCCUAGUUUUUGCAAAAGUCCUUCGAAGCCCAGUUACAAAGCUCCAUAUAACCCAAGUAUAAAGUAGGCCCACGAUGCAAAUGAUUCCAUUCGUAUCUAUUUGGGCCAAUAUAUGAUACUGGACUUCUGAAAAUGUAAGAAAGGAGAAAACAGUCAAGGCCCACAUAUGAGCUAGUGAUGGUCAUCUCAUGGUCAUGGGUGUGUUAAAUUAAAAAAUUAAGUGAGCUAGGUCGUCUCUAUGAGUGUUUGUUGCCACUGGAGGAGCAAUCAUAGACGACAUUCGCAAGCUGGCCGGUCUUCUUGAGUUUAGUUAUUACUCACAUAUUACUCGUCGAGUUAAUAGAGCAGCUCAUUUUGUGGCCAAAAACGCUCUUUAAUCGAAAGUUCGAUAAUUAGUCGACUUCCGCCCGUGGUUAAUCUCUGUACUCUGACUUUGUUUCCAGACUUUCGUCUGGUUUUGACUAUGUAAAAAAAAAAAGUAAUUAAUUUUGAAAUAAAAUGAAUUAUUUAGUUUCUUUUUCAAUAACGCUAAUACAUCUAACCAAAUUAUAUAAAAAGUAUUACUUACUAAUCAAAGAAAUUUUUUUCGUCUUAAAAAAAACCAAAUAAAUUUGGCAGUGCCAUGAAUUCUGUUUUGUUGGACCAUGAGAGGUGAGGACAAAUGACAUAAUUAUUUCCUCUCCAAAUCGCUAAUUUGCCGUCGUGUACCCAUAAAAAACAAAAACCUUGUUAUGGGCAAUUCAUUAUUGUCUGCAAGUAGGCGUUCUGUUAAUUAUUAUAUUAAAACAAAUCCUUUUACAUUCCAUGUAAAACGAAUAAUAAUUCUUCUAUAAUAUGAACAUCAUAAUUUCACAAAAAUGCAUUAUUUCUUCCGAUUCCCGUAAUUUCAGCUGCAUCAGCAAAAACAACAAGACAAACAAAUGGCCAUGUGAGCCGCGAAGCUGGCCACGUAUGAGGAGCCCAUUGGACCACGUAGGAUGCGCCACAUGGCGUUUCCUGUUUUGGUUUUUGCUCCCGUCCCAGGUUCUCCGUUCCCCGUAACGCCGUUUUGCUGUAUCAUCCAUUAUGCAUGAAAUGCCCGGCGACCGGCGAGGAAGCGGAGGGGAGGCUCGCACGUGGCGGGGCCCAAAUCGGGGGAAGAUUGUCAGUGUGCACGUGCAGCCACAUGAGGAUUAAUUACUGCAUCCUCCUCCCCACGUGUCGGGACCUCGCCGCGAAACCACUUGACGGACAUGCCGAUCACCGUCGAUGGUGAAUUUGCGUGAUUGAAGGCUUGGCUCGUGGGAAUCGUGGAUGGGACAUGGACUUACAUCCUCACACAAAGUCUGCAUCGGCGCAGAUUUAGAAUAGGGUAGAGCACUGGGCCGUAUACGAGAAAAAAUUAAAAAAUAAUUGGGUCGUAACUCGACGUGAAUAUAAACGAAUAUCUAAAAUCGGAAAUUUACAAAUGCUAUACUAGCUAUCCGAAUCUCGAGAAGGGCUGGGCCGUGGCUCCGCCGCUGCAAGUCUGGACCCUACCAAGGGAAUUACGGCUGGCCGGAUGGAGGCUAGCGAAUUGGUAGUUAGAAUAAUUAUUAGACAGCAUA